UUACCUGACAGAAACUUUUUAAACAAAAAGAACCUUAAAAGUAGAAUGGCAUCUCCAGUGGUCUUCUUCCUAAUCCUGGCCACAAUAGCCAUUAAAACAGGUCAUGUGUGUAGCCAGACAAGUAGCCCGCCAGAGAUACGUGCCUCUCAGAACCCCUUACCCGUGGGCAGCAAUGUCACACUUUUUAGCACCCAACAUGUCACUACAGGUGUAUGGCUGUUCGAGGGCAGUGUCAUUAUGGUUAUAUACCCAGGAGGCUACAUGAUAAUUGACAACUGGAUGAACAGGACCACGUUCAAUCCAACCACUUCAUCAUUGUCCAUAAUGUCACUAAAUGUGCAAGACUCUGGAGUGUACUCGCUAACUACAGAGAAUUCUAUAAGUCACAUAACACUGUCAGUCCAAGUGCCUAUUUCAAAUGUGACCAUGACAGCAAAAGCAACCAACCUGGUGGAGUUCAAUGACACAGCAGUUCUCAUGUGCUCUGUGUCCACUGGCACGCCCCUGUCUUAUACGUGGAGAAAUGGCAGCUCUGCAGUCACAGCUGGUGGGGACGUACAGCUCAGCAAUGGAAACGCUACUCUCACCCUAGUCAACGUGACCCGCUAUGACACUGGGCCUUUCUACUGCUUUGUGUUCAAUGGUGUCAGCAAUGGAAGCAGUUCGUCUGUGAAUCUGACCAUCAGCUAUGGUCCGAGUAACCCAGCGAUGAUGGUCAUGCCCAUGACAUCAAGGUACAGCUACCGCACAGGAUCUAAUAUCACACUGUCAUGCUCAGCGGACUCCAGCCCUUCAGCGAUCAUCAGCUGGAUGUUGAAUAAUGUCUCCCUGAAUCACAUUGACCCACAGUUUCAACUACAGAAUGCUACAAGGAACAAUUCAGGAACUUACAAAUGCCUAUUUUACAACACAGUCACACUCAGGUGCUCAUACCCGCUAACCUCAGUGACAGUGACUCAUACUGGUGGACCAGCAAUAUUUAAUAAGCCAUUCAAUCUAACAUGUGUAGUGACUGAAUCUGUCGACACCAUUCUGUGGUGGAAGGAUGGCCAGCUUAUUUCUGCUAGUAAUACAACAAUUAUUGGGGCAGACAACAAGACACUGGAACUAAGCCCAGUCCGACGUUCAGAUAAUGGAUCUUACUGGUGUGAGGCUUUUAAUGCUGUGAGCAACAGGACCAGCAGCCCCUACAACGUUAUAGUCGACUAUGGACCGGAUAUACCGACUAUCACAGGACCAAAUGUGGCAAAGACAGGAGACAGUGUCACACUCACCUGCUACGCGUCAUCAGACCCUCCCAGCUUCUACACAUGGUACUUCGGUGGUUCUCUAGUGGCCAACACAUCUAACUAUGUCACACCUCCUCUGACCACGAACAUGAGCGGGGUGUACACCUGCAUGGCCUACAACAACGUCACAGGCCAAAACACAACUGCAAAUGCAACGCUUACUGUUGUUGAUCCAAUACAAAAUGUACAAAUAGCAGCACCAACGAACCCUGCCAUAGCAGGAUAUUCAUAUAACCUAACAUGCGAGGUGACGGGACCCGCUGAUCAUGUUUACUGGAUGAUGGCGGAUAUGCCACUGUAUGCAGACAAUGCAAUUACUUACAGCACGGAUAACAAAACAAUCACCUUCAACCCAAUACGAGUCAGUGACACAGGACGCUACCAGUGCAUGGCUAUGAAUGCUGUUGGAAACAGGACCAGCCAUGAUUACAUGUUUGUUGUGAACUAUGGACCACAAAUGCCUAUCAUUACGGGGCCACAGUUUGCAGAGUCAGGACAAUCUGCCCAGUUCAACUGCUCUGCCAUGUCACAGCCUCCCAGCCAGUACAGCUGGUGGUUCAAUAACAUGACAGUGGCCAAUACUUCAGACUUAACAAUUCAAAAUUUGUCUUCAACAAUGAGUGGAAAAUACACCUGUAUGGCCUACAAUAAUGUGACAGGAAACUACAGCUCUAACUACACAAUGCUCACAGUCAUACAGGCCAUAACAUCAGUGAUGAUUGUAAACACUACCAUCCCAAUUAACCUUCAAAACUUCACUCUCACCUGCAAAGUUGAUGGAACCUAUGACAGUAUAUACUGGAUGAAAGACAACAGAACGCUCGCUGCUGACCCACAGAUGUCCUACAACACAGUUAACAACACGCUGCAAUUCAAUCCACUGACACUGAACAAUAAUGGGAGCUAUCGGUGUGCUGCUAAAAAUCAGGCGGCUACACAUAUAAGCCUUGAAUAUGUGCUGCAGGUCAACUACGGCCCACUGAGUGUGACUAUCUCUGGUCCAAAUUCAGCAAAACUAAGCGACAUCGUGUCCCUGACAUGCUUUGCUGCCUCUUGGCCAAAUUCUUACUUCCAGUGGUUCUUCAACAGUCAGGCGAUGGUUCAGGGUAAUGGCUCUGUAAUGACAUUCUCUGUGACAACACAGAGUCAGGGAAGCUACACAUGUAUGGCACAAAACCCUGUGACCAAGAUCACAAUGAACCAGACUAAAGCCUUUACUGUCACUGCCCAUGCCUCCGUCAUCCACUUCCCGUCCUGUGGCAGUCUGAUGUUGAUGGGGCUGUUAACUGUGUCGGCCCCUGUGCUGUUCAGCUGAGUCCUUCAAACUGAGAAAUCCAGUCAGACUGAAGGCCUCUUGCUCCCUCUACAGUCUCUGAGAAUAAUCUUACUUUUAAAAGAGUGAAUGGUACUUUAAAUGACAGGUAAAUUAAAGCAUAGUCUUAUAUAUUGUAACAUUAAAUUAUGUUAUUAUUACACCACCUGAUUUGGGUUUUUUUGUUAAAUGUCAUGAUUAGUAGUAAUUAAACAUAGGUGUGCUACAUCAAUACAAGUGUGUUCCUCC